AGCCCAUAACUAGCUCUGCCUCAGAGACCCCGGGAUAUCUUUGGAGGCUUCUCCCCUCCCCCAGGCUGUGGCUAUAAAGCUUCUCUGUCCCUGACUCACAGCAACUGUUCCAGCCUCAAUCAAACCCUCGUGCUUUACCGAAGCCUCAGCCCCAGGUUACUCCAACAAUGUCAGACACAGAGGAGCAGGAUUAUGAGGAGGAACAGCAGGAAGAAGAGGAGGCCGCCGAGGAGGAGGAGGAGGCCCCCGAGGAGUCGGAGCCGGUCGCAGAGCGAGAAGAGGAGCGACCCAAACCCAGCAGGCCUGUGGUGCCUCCACUGAUCCCUCCAAAGAUCCCCGAGGGAGAGAGAGUUGAUUUCGAUGACAUCCACCGAAAACGCAUGGAGAAGGACCUGCUGGAGCUGCAGACACUCAUCGACGUGCACUUUGAGCAGAGGAAGAAGGAGGAGGAGGAGCUCGUGGGGCUGAAGGAUCGGAUAGAACGCCGAAGAGCAGAGAGAGCAGAGCAACAGCGGUUCCGGACUGAGAAGGAGAGAGAGCGCCAAGCCAAGCUGGCGGAGGAGAAGAUGAGGAAGGAGGAGGAAGAGGCCAAGAAGCGGGCUGAAGACGAUGCCAAAAAAAAGAAGGUCCUGUCCAAUAUGGGGGCCCACUUUGGGGGCUACCUGGUCAAGGCUGAGCAGAAGCGUGGGAAACGCCAGACAGGGCGGGAGAUGAAACAGAGGAUUCUGUCUGAGCGGAAGAAACCCCUGAAUAUCGACCACAUGGGGGAGGAACAGCUCAGGGAGAAGGCCCGUGAGCUGUCCGACUGGAUUCACCAGCUGGAGUCGGAGAAGUUUGACCUCACAGAGAAACUUAGGCAGCAGAAGUAUGAGAUCAAUGUUCUCUACAACCGAAUCAGCCACGCCCAGAAGUUCCGGAAGGGGGCCGGCAAAGGCCGGGUUGGUGGCCGCUGGAAGUGAGCCUUCCGUCUGACGACAAGGGACCUGAAGAGAGGAUCACGGCGGCCCCUCCCAUCUUGCCCAGUUGGUCAUGGCCCCUGAGAUACCCCCAGUUCUGUGACCCUGCAAACACGCCCUGCCCUCACCCAUACCUCCAGCUUCUUGCCUGAAAUUCUGGAAUAAAUAGUCCUGGGCAGUCA